AUGAAUGCCUGGCUGCUCCACACCGCUAGCAGGCUGAAACAUCAAACACCUGGGAAGCCUGCCAGUCUGUCACUAGAAAUGAUCCCCAACCAGCUGAGGGUCAGCUCUCCAGUGUCCAGGCAGGAAGAAGAGAUGAUGGAUGGCAGGACUGGCUCUGAGCAGGACAGAGACCGUGCCACUUCAGGGCAGGGCCAGGGGCUGAAGUCGGAGCCCUGUUUCCAGACCGACUCUCUCUUGCCUUCCCCCAGCGCAUCCCUGAUAUCACAGCUCCUCAGCUACCCGAUGGUUUGCAGGAGCCUGGAUCCCACCAUCCUUUUCCCUUCUUCUCAGGCAGCGGCCCUGCCUCAGGACUAUGAGCAUGGUGCAUCUCCUGGAGAAGGAGCGCAAGCCCUGGCUUUUCCCAGGUCCCAUGACCCACCUCCCAUGCCCUGUGCUGUCGACAGGGACCAGCUCUCCGACCAGCACCUGCAGGACCAGCUCUCUGACCAGCACCUACGAGCCAAGCGGGCCAGGGUGGAGAGCAUCAUCCAAGGCAUGAGCAUCCCACCUACCCCUCAGGCAUUUGGCAGCAGCCUGGAGGCAGCUUUUGGGCACGAGAGGGAGAGGGGCUGCAAGGUGCCACGGGAGAGCAAGAGGAAGCCCAGGCAAGGUGCUGAGAAAGUGCAUCCACGGCUUGGAAAUCCUGGAGACAGACCAGACAAGGACAGAGCCACUGCCACCAGCGACCUGCGCAAAGCACCUCUCUGGAGGAGCGUCCUGGAGGUGCGUGGGCAGGAGGAGGACGAGGACAGAGGCGACACAGGUGGCCUGCCCUCAGCAGCAAGGGUCCUCUCACAGGCGCUGAAGCACGAGCUGGCCGGGGUGACGUCCCGGGUGGUGGACUCUGUCCUGAAGACUGUCUGGCCGAAGGCAGCCAGCCACCUCCUGCAGCAGCACCGCAGCCUCCCGGUGCCGGGGCCAGAUGCCAGGAGAGAGUAUUUUGCUGCUGGGAAAUGCAGAAAGCCACUUGCUAAGCCAUCUCCCAUGAACACACCGGUCUCACUGGGCUCAACCCAGGCUGAGGCCCUGUCAGGAGCUUCGGGGAAGAGCCUGGGCUCUCAUGCUGGCUCCUUCAGUUCAAAGGGGGUCAGAAAACCCUCUCAGGUACCCAGCAUGGGUUAUUCACUGGGCUCGGCCGCCCCUGUCCAGGACAGCCAGCUGCUGAGCCAGCUGCUGGGCUACGGCCAGCACGGCUUCUGGGGCAGCAGCUCUCGUGGGAGCCCCUCUGCUCCGGAGAGGGGUCCUCUGGAGCCCCUCGACUUGCACUGGGGAACCGUCAAACUGAGGUCGUCGGUCAUGAGACAGCAGCAGCAGCAUCCCCUGCCCCUGAGCCCUGCUGCCACAGAGAGCCUGAUGCAGGAGGCGCUGACCCCCGGCCACCUGAAGAAGGCCAAGCUGAUGUUUUUUUUCACCCGUUACCCCAGCUCCACUCUGCUGAAGACCUACUUCCUCGAUGUGCAGUUCAGCCGCUGCAUCACCUCCCAGCUCAUCAAGUGGUUCAGCAACUUCCGCGAGUUUUACUACAUCCAGGUGGAGAAGUUUGCCCGGCAGGCCCUGCUGGAGGGUGUCGUGGAUGCCAGCACCCUCCGGGUCUCCCGGGACUCGGAGCUUUUCCGCGCCCUCAACAUGCACUAUAACAAGGGGAAUGACUUCGAGGUGCCAGGGCGGUUGCUGGAGGUGGCCAGCCUGACGCUGCGGGAGUUCUUCAGCGCCGUCAGGGCAGGCAAGGACGCCGACCCCUCCUGGAAGAAACCCAUUUACAAAAUAAUUUCCAAACUGGACAGUGACAUCCCAGAAGGGUUCAAAGCUGCCGGCUGCUCCCAGGAACUGCUCCGCAGCUGA